UAGAUUUGUCCGGGAAAUACAUUACUAUUAGUUGCGGUCAUUGUUGGUCUUAGGAAAGUGAUAAAUAUAGGAAGCAGAGUGGAAUGAUCUUUACCAUAUAAGUAUGUCUUUCGUGAGAUUAUAUUGGGUCAUGUUUGUUUGCUCUCUAGCUACACCGAAUAGCAGUGUGACGGAACUUCUUUUAUAACUAAGAUUUGGAAGAGUUGAAGCUACCGCCCUACGACAGAAAGCAUGAGUUUCCUAAAGUGUAAAUGUGGCUGUGACAAACUUAGCAAAGAAGAGCUAAAAAUAGUAAUGACUUCUUGCGAUAGACCAAGAGAUUUUUUGAACAAUCCAACCGCCCGAGAGAUGUUUCGAAGUGAGUUUUCUCGGGAUGAGCCCGAUAGGUACGCAUCGCAGCCCUCCGGAUCUAAGAAUCGUCCGGUGGGACGCACUCCCACGCCGAACGCCAUCAAAUAUCUGAAUUUGAUGGAGGAAGCCGACAGGUUGCUUCGUACAAAUGAUUUGAACGACGAAGAGGUUGAAGAUUUCUUGUGUGAUCAACUGUACGACAGUACCAGCACGAAUCGCGCUGAGGCAUUGGAAGCAAUCGUUUCAGAAUAUUGGACUCGCCUGAAGGCAACCGAGCAGUACACACAAUUUUUGGAAAAAUUGAAAACAGCAUACGAGGGCAAAACUAGCAUCAGAAAACAAUAGGCUAACAAUGACUUACAGAUCCGGCGCUGUUUUCUUUGACCAUCACUGUUGCUCGCAUCACUUGCUUACUUUUUAUAUGUAGAUUAAGCACUUACUUUCGUACAGUUAGUUUACCAAAGAACUAUUCUGGCGUUUUUAAUUUAACUGCAAAUGAUUUAGCAUUGGUUCGAAUGCAUAACAUUCGAAAUAUAUUUUUUUUAAUUUACGUAAGUUAUUACUGCCUAACUUUACCGUGGAGUGCCUUGCGCAAAUGUCGGUAGGCGUCGUGUUUGGGAAUACUGCCACCG